UAGGCCUAUCCAUCCAGCACUAUAUAGACAAAGCUCUGUCUUCAUUCAUUUGUCGUUGCUUUAAUUCAAGAAAUUUCUCAGACACCCAAAGCUCUUCCGUUUUCUACUUUUCUAGGAAAUUUAUUAAAGUAUUCAAGUGCGUUUAUCAAAGGCCAUGUUUUCUGAACUUUCUCUUUCUGGGUUUUUUAUGUCAAAGAAAUUUGUUCUAUACUAGUUGGUGCUUGUGCUUUCACAUAAGCUAUGAAGUCCAUAUACCGUUUCAGGGAUAAAGAAGCACCAAUUGUGAGAACCAAUAGGUUGAUUCAUGGCAUUUCAGCAUUGUUUUACCAAUGAAUCAAAAACCAUUCCAAAUUCAGUAUCAGAAGCCGAAAAUUUCAACUGUGGUUUCGACUGCAACAUCUGCCUAGACUUCGCGAACGAGCCUGUAGUCACGCUUUGUGGCCACCUUUACUGCUGGCCUUGCAUCUACAAGUGGCUCCAUGUCCAAAGUGAUGAUUCUCUUGGAGUCGACGAACAUCCGCAAUGUCCUGUAUGCAAAGGUAACAUAUCGCAUACAACAAUGAUACCAUUGUAUGGCCGCGGAGGCCAGGCUCCGUCGAGUGAGAAAUCAUCAUGUUUUAAUGGUACUUUUGUACCACCAAGACCAUCUGCUUCAGGUGCUCAAGCUCUUUUAAAAUUGGCAACCGAAUCUCAGAGCAGUCAUCAGCAGCGGCUGCUUCCAUACCGUAAUCCUUAUCGUGGUCGAUAUUACCAACAAGAGGAUGAUGUUACUUCGCAAAUGCUCAAUCUUGGUGCUUCGGUGACCUCAGGAUCUCACCACCAUCCCGUGGUUGGGAUGUUUGGGGAGAUGGUUUUCUCCGGAGUAUUCGGAAGUUCGAGGAAUUCUUAUCCGUCGACGCGGAGUAAUGGCUCUAGAUUGAGUAGGCAGGAGAUGGAGACUGAUAAGUUUUUGAAUAGAAUUUCAAAUUUUCUGUUCUGUUGCCUUUUUGUAUGUCUUAUUGUAUUCUAAACAUGGAUUUAAAGUUGAUUUAAUGAAUUAUCAUUAGAUUAAAGAA